UUCAAGACCUGAACAUGAAGAUGGUGUUAAACCAAUGGUAGAUUCAAUUAACAGUUCUGAAGCUAUUCACUGUACGCAGAAUGCAUCAGCAAGAUAUUACCUGACCAGUCCCAUUACCACGGUGGUGAUCCCGGUCAUUUCAAGCAUCAUCCUGAUCAUUGGCCUCCCGGCGAAUGUGCUGGGCCUUUGGGUUCUGGCCACCAAGAUCCAGAGGAUGCCCUCCACCAUCUUCCUGAUGAACCUGGCAACGGCCGACCUCCUCCUGAUCCUGGCGCUGCCCUUUAAAAUCCACUAUCACUUCCAGGGCAACAACUGGGUCUUCGGCGAAGCUCUGUGUCGGACGACGACCGCCUUCUUCUACGGCAACAUGUACUGCUCCAUCCUCCUCCUCUCCUUCAUCAGCAUCGACCGCUACUUUGCCCUGGUCCAUCCGCUUCACGCCAAACGCUUCCGCGCCAACGGCAUCGCGGUGGGAGCCUGCUCCAUGCUUUGGGUUCUUGUCUGCCUCUCUGUGAUACCGUUUCUCCUCCAGAGGCAGGCAUAUCCAAUCCGGGACCUAAACAUCACGACCUGCCACGAUGUCUUGCCAGCCACCGUGGACUCUGGCUAUUUCUUCUACUACUUUGUGUGUCUGAUUGUCGUCGAAUUCCUUGUUCCUUGUCUAGUCACUGUGUUUUGUUACGUGUCCAUAAUCAAAACCCUGAUGGUGAAUGAUCGCAAGUACGUGAAAGCUGUGAGCGCCAUAGUUUUAGCGUUGAUAGUGUACGUGGUGUGUUUCACCCCCAGUAAGAUAAUCCUGCUCAUUCACCACUCCCGGUACCACCUUGUACAUUGCAGCGGCCUCUAUUUAUAUUACAUGAUCUUCCUGGAGCUCAGCACCCUCAAUAACUGCAUCGACCCCUUUAUCUUUUACUACUUCUCCCAGGAGUUUUGGAGCAAACUGGGGUGUUCCCUUGUCAUUUGCAAAGAAAACCCAAAAGAUAAAGGAUCGAGAAAAUCUGCUCGGAAACGCUCUUGGCCCGAUAUGGCGUCAGCCCGCGGAGAGAACACACCAGUAUAAGAAGCACCAGUAUCUGAAGAUGGGUCUCGACCCGAAACAUCACCCAGUCCUUCUCUCCAGAGAUGCUGCCUG